GAAGUGAUCCCUGAGGACCCAGUUGCGGCCGAGGAACCCGGCGGCAGGGCCAGGUUCGGGACCAUGAGCUGGAUUCCUUUCAAGAUUGGGCAGCCCAAGAAACAGAUUGUCCCCAAAACAAAUGGAUGUACCUUGGACUGAGACUCCAGUGUGUCUCUCUGUUCCCUUAGCCGUUGUCCGAGGGGCCAGAACCCUGGUUGUGCUGCCUUGGAUCUUUCCCCAGGGGAGGGGAGAGCUCUGGAGACCAGCGGCUGUAGGAGCAACCCACACCUGGCCUCCAGAAGCAGAGGAGGGAAACAUUCAUGGACGUGGCAGCCUGUCGCAUGGCCUUAAGCAGCAGUAGAAGGAUCCAGCCCCACCCCGACAUACUUCCCAGCUGCCAGCGUGAGACCUCAGGUUCCUCACCAGCCAGAGUGAGCCAACCCAGCUGGAACCCCACAGUCGCUCCAUCUCUGUGCAAGUCCAAGCAGUGCCGGCCAGGGGGACCAGGUGCUGUCUGACAUCCCACACACGCAUCAGCACACGUGGGGAUUGCAAAAGAGAGUGCCGGGAGCCAAGGCCGUGGCUCCGGUGGGUCGGCAGGCCUUCUCUGCACCCGCCUCCCCUUCAGGAGCACCAGCUCCAUGUUCUUGAUCUUCAGGAGAGCUGGAUUCUGACCAAGACCUCCUUCAUUUAAUUUCGUUCUUUUGAGAAAAAAGGCUUUAUCGUAUGUGAAGACUGCUUAGCGGUCACAUCCUACGAAGUAGGAGAGGGGAUGUGUCCGGUGAAGGGAGGCCCCGGUACAACCCCCAGGCACAGGAUCCAGGCUUAGCCAAAGGCCUAGCUAUCAACCGACCACGUGCUUUGUGCUGCCCCCCCUCUCAGCCGAGGGGUUACGGUCUGGUCUGCACCCCCAGACUGCUCUGGUCCUCCCAGCGCCCCUGCAUGUGGGAAAGGAGCAAGGAGACGCCGUCAGCGGGCCAGGCACCAUGCUCUGGGCUCGGCACAGACUGCUGGGGGAUCCUCCAAGCAAGCCGGCGGGCCGACGCUGCUGCCCCAUUGCCUUGUCAGCCACCGGAAAUCUUCGCAGGGAGAGGCUAGCCAGAGUGAUCCCGUUCCACUAGGAAAGAAACCGAGACUGCGAAUGUGAGGUGGAGAGAGAUUUUGAGAGGGAGUAUGGAAAACUCCAGCAGCUGGAGGAGCAGACCAGGAGGCUGCAGAAGGACAUGAAGAAGAGCACCGAUGCUGACCUGGCCAUGUCCAAAUCUGCCGUGAAGAUAUCCUUGGACUUGCUCUCCAAUCCCCUCUGCGAGCAAGACCAAGACUUCCUGAACAUGGUGACAGCUCUGGACACGGCCAUGAAGCGGAUGGACGCCUUCAACCAGGAAAAGGUGAACCAGAUUCAAAAGACCGUGAUUGAACCCUUAAAAAAGUUCGGCAGUGUCUUCCCGAGCCUCAACAUGGCGGUGAAACGGCGGGAGCAGGCCUUGCAGGACUACCGGAGACUGCAGGCCAAGGUGGAGAAGUACGAGGAGAAGGAGAAGACGGGGCCCGUGCUGGCCAAACUCCACCAGGCCCGAGAAGAGCUGCGGCCCGUGCGGGACGACUUCGAGGCCAAGAACAAGCAGCUCCUGGACGAGAUGCCGCGCUUCUACCACAGCCGGCUCGACUACUUCCAGCCCAGCUUCGAGGCCCUGAUCCGAGCCCAGGUUGGGUACUACUCUGAGAUGCAGAAGAUCUUUGGAGACCUGACCCAGCAGCUUGACCAGCCUGGCCACCCUGAUGAGCAGCGGGAGAGGGAGAACGAGGCCAGACUGAGUGAGCUCAGAGCCCUCUCCAUUGUGGCUGAUGACUGAGUCCCCACCACCCUUUCGAAGACUCCUGGGACACAAGUCAACCUCUUUGGUCUUUGCCCUCGUCAAGCUUAGGCUCAGGUGUCAGCCAGCAAAAGGCCCUCCCCUGAGAGAAGUAUGGGGACAGCAGUGGCCCCUGCUCUACCUCACCAGCCCUCUGCAGUGAGCCUGGCACCAAGAGCCCCAAGCAGGCUGCUAGCUCCCCACCCAUAGCAAGAGCCCAGACAGGUAAGCAGGGCAGAAAAACUCCAGGCACCUUCUCAUUUCCAAAAGAACCGUCCAAAGGGCAUCCUGGCCUAGGGCCUGAGCAAGCUUCCAGCCUUCAAAGGCCCAGGCUGUCUGCUCACCUGAGGUCUUAGCCUUGCUUGCGUGGCCGUGAUCACAUCUACCUCCAAAGACCUAUCCUGGAGAGUCCACCCGCCCUCAUUGCCUUUCCACUUCAGACUCCUUUUUUCUGAAGAGGCCCGAGACACUGCCGUGGGGAACAGAAGAGCUGUGGUUCCCCCAGCCCAGACAGACCCCUCACUCCAGCCUCCCAGCACGACAAAAACUGGCUUAGCCCACUUCUGUCCCUUAGGCCAAGUGCAGAGAAAAGCCCCAAGCCUUGUAGGUUCCCUAGGAAACCCGACUCCGCUCGUGUCCAUAGGCUACCGACCGCACAAAAUGUCACAGCCUGAUUCACAGGCCUCAGAGCAAGAACCGGAGUAUUUGGAAUUUUAUUUUUUCAAGUAAAGUUUUCAAUAAAAUCGACAGCUGUUACUGUGCCGUGA